AUGAGGCGGAGUGAGUCGAGCUCUGUACUACAGAGGUACAACAGUAGACGAAAGUCUUCAAUAUCAGGAGGAAGAACAGCAUCUGCGAGUAUGAUUGGGACAUUGACUCCAAAAAGCUUAUCAUCAAUGAAAGACUCUUCCAAAAAGGAAAAGUCUACAUGGUCAAGAAUCUUUUCUCCUUUGACUUUUGGGUUUGAGAAGAAGGAUUUCAGCUAUGGUCGAGAAGAAUCAAGUUAUAACUUGUCAAGAAGAAGAACUCACGACUACAGUAAAACUUGUCCAAGUUUCCACCGAAAAGGAUCUUUACGUCCAAGUCCAAAUACACAGGUAAGAGACAGGAAUACAUCUAAUCAUGAAGAUAAUAGGAGCUCCCUACAGCUUUCAACUUCUGGGACUGAUUUGAAUUUGGACAAUGAUAUUUUGGGAUUAAAUGAUCUAUCUAGUUGUGUUUUUGAGCCAGUUUUAGGUCAGAUAUCAAAAAGUAACAACAUAUCACGUGUUCAAGCAUUUUCCCAGAAAGAUACUACAGGGCAUAUCCAGAGGAGCAAGACAGCAGGGUUUUUCAAAGAGGACAAGAAGACCAACAUUUAUAAUGUUUUAAGGAUUUUAAGGUUUCAUGAUGGGAUUUCUGGAAAAACAUACAAAUCUUUGGGAAGUAGAACAACGGAUUCUGGAGGAGAUACUGAUUUAACUGUAAAAAGAAAAAUAACAGGAACAGGAUCUGGUAUUGGACUUGGUUCAUCUACAAAAAAUACUUCUAAUGAUACCUCCGAUAACAAUUUUAUUGAAAUUGAACACAAUCAAAUUCAGUUUCUCAACAAGAAUAACUUUACUGCUAAUAGAAAUACAUCUAUUAAUGCAGCUCUCUCUAAUAAGGAGUUUAUUCAGGGAGACAUACCAUAUUGUGAUACUAUAUUAUAUUUAGAUGAUCCAAAGCCAAAAGAGUACGAUACCUCUUUUUCAAAGCUUCAUGACAACAGCUUUUAUAAAGACUCUUUCAACAAUAGAUUUGAAUAG